AGCUAGAGAAGGACUGUACACUAUCAGGGCCCUUGAGUGGACAGCAGCAGAAUGAUAUUUUAGUUUACAAAACGUAGAACCUUUACGUUAAUCAGCAAUGGCAGCGUUACUUUUGCAGCAACACGGGGGGAAACACUGUUGUAAACGGAUCACGAACAGUAUUUGGUCAUUAGCAUCUCGCAGCACACACUGCAUGUCGGACAAUGACAGACAUUUUCUCCGUAUUGUUUCACGAAAGACUUCAGUUGGCAGAAGCAGCAGACAAUUUUCAAAACUUGCUGCUGGGGCAAAGAAAUUGCUGAUGUUCACGUCAUCCCAUUGUGGAUUUGCACCAGGUUAUUCUCAGCACAUUUUAAAUAGACCUCUGGGACCCAGCCUUCUAGGAGUAAGCAGAAUCUUGACAAGAAACAAUCUGGUAACAAAUCCAGUUGGGCUUUGGAAUAUAUUGGGUGGCACUAAUUAUUUCAGCACGUCUCAGUCUCGACAAGACAAGAGAGAAGGUGGCAAAGGGAGAACACCUGAGGAGGAUGAAGAGGAGAAAAAGAGGCGUGAGCAGGAGGACCAGAUGUACAGGGAACGUCUGCGUACGCUCUUUAUCAUCGCUGUUAUCAUGAGCUUACUCAACUCCAUCAACACCAGCGGGGGCAACAUCUCUUGGAAUGAUUUUGUCAACGAGAUGUUGGCUAAAGGAGAAGUGUCCCGUGUGCAAGUGGUCCCAGAAAGUGACAUAGUGGAGAUCUACCUUCACCCCGGGGCUGUUAUUUUCGGCCGACCCAGACUUGCUUUGAUGUAUCGCAUGCAAGUGGCCAACAUUGAUAAGUUUGAGGAGAAACUGCGUGCAGCUGAGGAGGAACUGAACAUAGACACAAAGGACAGGAUCCCUGUGUCCUAUAAGCGCACUGGCUUCUUUGGGAAUGCUCUUUAUGCCCUUGGUAUGGCUGCAGUUGGAGUUGCAAUCCUCUGGUACAUUUUCCGCCUGGCAGGGAUGGGUGGGCGGGAAGGUGGUUUUAGCGCCUUUAAUCAACUGAAAAUGGCAAAGUUCACCAUUGUCGACGGCAAGUCCGGAAAAGGUGUGAGCUUCAAAGAUGUGGCAGGAAUGCAUGAGGCAAAAAUGGAGGUGAAGGAGUUUGUUGAUUACUUGAAGAAUCCAGACAGAUAUCUCCAGCUGGGGGCCAAGGUACCCAAAGGCUCUCUGCUCCUCGGGCCUCCAGGCUGUGGAAAAACACUGUUGGCCAAAGCUGUGGCUACUGAGGCCCAGGUUCCCUUUCUUGCCAUGGCAGGCUCAGAGUUUGUGGAAGUGAUAGGAGGACUUGGAGCAGCGAGGGUGAGAAGUCUUUUCAAAGAGGCUCGUGCUCGAGCACCUUGCAUUGUUUAUAUUGACGAGAUUGACGCCGUUGGCAAGAAGCGAUCCACCAACAUGUCUGGAUUCUCCAACACAGAAGAAGAGCAGACACUCAAUCAGCUGCUGGUUGAGAUGGACGGAAUGGGAACGACAGACCAUGUCAUUGUCUUGGCCUCUACUAAUAGAGCAGAUAUUCUGGACAAUGCACUUAUGAGACCUGGGAGACUUGACAGACACAUAUUCAUAGAUCUGCCUACACUACAGGAGAGAAAGGAGAUCUUUGAGCAGCACUUAAAGAUACUGAAGCUUACACAGCCGCCCAGCUUCUACUCCCUGCGUCUGGCUGAGCUUACACCGGGGUUCAGUGGAGCGGAUAUAGCCAACAUUUGCAAUGAAGCUGCCUUACAUGCUGCCAGAGAGGGUUACAAGUCCAUUGACACUUUUAACUUUGAGUAUGCUGUGGAGAGAGUUAUUGCAGGCAGUGUGAAGAAGAGUAAGAUUCUGUCCAAAGAAGAGCAGAGGGUUGUAGCAUUCCAUGAAUCUGGCCAUGCUCUGGUUGGCUGGCUCCUGGAACACACUGAGGCUGUCAUGAAGGUAUCGAUUGCUCCCAGAACCAAUGCUGCUCUGGGUUUUGCCCAGAUCUUACCAAAAGACCAGUACUUGUUCACCAAAGAGCAGCUGUUUGAGAGGAUGUGCAUGGCUCUGGGAGGAAGAGCCUCUGAAGCAAUCACCUUCAACAAGGUCACCACAGGUGCCCAAGACGACCUGCGUAAGGUGACUCGGGUUGCCUACUCCAUGGUGAAGCAGUACGGCAUGGUGCCCAGUGUGGGACAGGUGUCCUUCCCUGACACCCAGGAGCAAGGAGCCAUUGGUCGCAGGCCCUUUAGUCAUGGCCUCCAGCAGCAGAUGGAUCACGAAGCUAAGAUGCUAAUAGCCAAAGCGUACAGACAUACUGAGAAGCUGCUCCUGGAUAACAGAGAUAAACUGAUUGUGUUGGCUAAUGCCCUCCUGGAACGUGAGGUGGUAAAUUAUGAUGACAUUGAGGCAUUGUUGGGCCCUCCUCCCCACGGACCCAAAAAGAUGAUUGCCCCUCAGAGCUGGGUGGAGGCAGAGAGGGAUAAACAGGACACAGGUGAGGACGAGCCGCAGAGACCCCAGGGACGCCCGAGGAAGGACGAGGAAGAGGAUGUCAACCUGGGGCCAGUGUGACACACAGUUCACACACAAGCACUGGCAAAUACACAAAGACAGAUAGAAGACAUACCUAACUGCUUUUCAAGAGUUUGCGCUUGAUUAGUUUGAUUACUGUGAGGAAAAGUAAAACUGUUCAGUUGUGCCAUGUAGAAAUACCUCAGCAUUUGUACAUUUCAGAAUUCAAAACGGUUCAGAACUUUUUUUUUUCCCUUGACCUAUAGUCUUUCAGUUCACAGGGAUUGUAUUCUUUGUGAAUCUCAGGAGGUCAUCAUUUUAAACAUCAUGAUAUAAGCAAUUAAGUUUAAUCUACUGCAGUAGUUAAAUCUCUAUUCAAUGAAUGUUAAAGGCUAGGAACUAUUUUGUGUGUGUGUGUGUGUGAAUAUGCUUCACAACCCAGUGAUCUUGGCUUUAGCACUUAAUGCCCGUACAAGUACUUAACACAGGCAGAUUCUUUAAGACUUGUACUCUGGUGCAGGGUGCUGAACUCUGUUCUGUAAUGUGCAUAUUUGCACCUGGUUUAAAUAAAUCAUUAGAUUUAACAUUUUGUGUCUGGAUAAUUUGUGGUCUGAAAUUUGGAUUUUCACAAAAUUGUAAUGCCGAUUUGACAGUUGAUCUGCUCUCCCUUUCAGAAGAGGUUUUGGACGUUGUAGGAAUUCCCUGUAAAUGAAUAUAACAUUUCCAUUUU